AUGGCGCCCAGUCUCGUUCAGGCCUACAGGAGGCGCUGGUGGAUGGCGGUGACAGCGGUGAUUGAAAACCUUCUGUGUUCGGCCGUGUUGUUGGGAUGGGGCUCCCUUCUCAUCAUGCUGAAGAGGGAGGGCUUCUACUCUCACCUGUGCUCAGAAAACGACUCGGUGGUCGUGCAUUCUGAAAACGUCACCGAAGGUGCGCAUGACUGGGUGUUCUGUGUGGAACAGGAGGAGAUGCUAAAUCUUGGAUUCACCAUCGUCUUCCUGCUGAGCGCCACGACCCUGCCGCUAGGGAUCCUGAUGGACAAGUACGGCCCACGUCCAAUUCGGCUGGUCGGCAGUUCCUUGUUUGCUUUGUCCUGCAUCAUCAUGGCUGGUUCUGCUUACAACACUCACGCUCUGUCGGCGCUCAUCUUCUUAGCUCUCUCACUGAACGGCUUCGGAGGAAUUUGCUUGACCUUCACCUCCAUCACGCUCCCCAACAUGUUUGGUUCUAUGAGCUCCACCAUCAUGUCGCUGAUGAUCGGCUCCUACGCCUCCUCUGCCGUCACUUUCCCCGGCGUCAAGUUGAUCUACGAUGCAGGCCUGCAGUUCCAUGUGAUCAUGUGGAUAUGGUCGGGUCUCGCCGGGCUCGUUUUUAUUAACUGUUUCUGGAACUGGCCCUCAGAAGGCUUCCCAACUCCAGACGAGGUUGACUACAGUAAGAUUCUCACGACGCAAGAGGAUCCUUCAUCUGAGCAGAAGGCUGUAGGGGAGAGACUGAACCAGAAAAACGGAGAUGUCCGACAUUCCCUGGAGAAGCUUCCCAACGGACCCGACACUGCACCAAAUGCUGUUCCCUUCCGGCGGUCUGUGUUCUCCGCCAUCUUCCUGUGGAGUUUGGUCACUAUGGGGAUGACCCAGCUGAGGAUCAUCUUCUUCAUGGGAGCAAUGAAUAAAAUGCUGGAGUUCAUGGUGACCCGGGGUGAAGAACACCCACCCGACGAGGUUGUGCUUGAGGCAGAAAAGACAGUGGGUUUCUACGCCUCCAUCUUCGGCACGCUGCAGCUGCUGUGUCUGGUGACGUGUCCUCUGAUUGGUUACAUCAUGGACUGGAAGAUGCAGGAGUGUGAAGAGGAGAAGUGUGCCUCUACAGGGAUAGUGAAGAGAGCCAAAAGAGACCGUAAGAUCCAGAAAGUGACCAACGCUAUGAGAGCCUUCAUCCUCACCAACAUCCUUCUGAUCAUUUUUGGAAUCUGUAACCUCGUGGAUAAUCUGCCUCUACAGAUUUUGACGUUCAUCCUCCACACUAUGGUCCGAGGAUUCAUCCAUUCCUGCUGCGGAGGCCUCUAUGCUGCUGUCUACCCGUCCAACCACUUCGGUACACUGACAGGCCUCCAGUCCAUGAUCAGCGCGGUGGUUGCUCUGCUGCAGCAGCCGCUCUUCAUCGUCAUGGUAACACAUCUUCAUGGGAACGCCUACUGGAUCAACUUUGGCCUUCUGAUUUUCUCGUUCACCGGCUUCCUGCUGCCAGGUUACCUGUUUUUCCACCGCAGAAACCUGCUGAGGGAACAGAAGGCCAGAGACAGCCAACCUGCCAUUCAGGAGAUGGAAGCUCUCAAGUCCACCGAAGCCAACGGCUUCAACAAGCCUCACAGCAACGGCAACGCUUUGACAGAUGCUUAGACAGAUGCUUAGACAGCAGCAGAGCUGAAAAUUAUGGGUCAUUUUAAGCAUGUGGCUGCAAAAUGAACACCAGAUUUUUUUUUCUCAUUGA